GACCAGAGCAGGAGAAAGUUGCACGACAACGAUAGCCAUGGCAUACAACGGUCCCGCUCACCAGCAUCGACCAACCGAAGGCUACGGCGCGAAAAACCCCGUUCCAACCGUCCAAAACUACUACAACCAGCGCAAAACCCAAGAUGAAGGUAGUCACCCUCGUGAGGUUGUUGAUCCCGUUACGCAGGAGCGUGUGGUGAUUGAGGAUAUUACUGCGGAUCAUGAUUAUACUGUAGCGAAGGAUAGGAUUACUGUUCCAGCGGAUGGUGCAUUCGCAACGGGUGAGGAACCGCAGACAAUUGAGCAGGCUGGGUCGCGCCUCACUCGUCUUGCUCGUCGCGAUGCGAAGGAGAAGCGGGUUACGCCCAACGACAACUUCGUCGAACUCCCCGUCGAGCUGAACAACAAGACCAACAUCCUCUACUACCCUCUGCCCCCUCCUGACUGGGAAAAGUACAAUAAAUGGGUCAAGGAGUGGCUGUUGCAGUUCGUUAUUGCGGGUUUGGGUGUCGCGCUCGUUAUGUUGCGAGCGGGGUGGAACCCUAUGUGGGCCGUGUUAUUGGUGUAUGUCGGGUGGACACUCAUGACAAAGAAGAUCGAUGAGGGGUAUGAUUUUACGACGAUGGAUACGGAGAGGCAGAGGGGCGAGGUGGCUAGUCAAGGACGUGUCCCGGAAUCUGUCGAAUGGCUCAACUACCUUCUCCGAACUCUCUUCCCACUUAUUGAUCCUGAGAUGUUCCGCUCCUCGACCGACCUCAUCGAAGAUGUCAUGCAAGCCUCGAUUCCCUCCAUCAUCCACGCCGUCAAGAUUGCGGAUCUUGGACAAGGAUCUACUCCGAUUCGCAUUCUGUCGAUGCGUACCCUCCCAGACAACGAGAUGCUCCCCAACCUCCAGCCUAAGGCUCCUGAUGAGAGUUCUGCCGGCGCCCCUAACGAAGAAGAGGAAGCAGGCGAAUUCGUCAACAUGGAAGUCGCGUUCGCGUAUCGCGCCGAACCCUCUGGCGCGGACGCGGCGUCAAAAGCCAAGAACGUCCACUUGUUAAUCCAUUUCUAUCUUGGUCUCAAGAACUUCUUUGGUAUUCCGUUGCCCAUUUGGGUUGAGAUGAGGGGUGCCGUGGGAAAGGUUAGGUUAAGGAUGCAAUUCACGCCUGACCCUCCUUUCGUCAAAAACCUGACGUUCUCGUUGAUGGGUUUGCCGAAGAUCGACGUGUCUGCUGUCCCCGUCACCCAGCGCUUCGUCAAUGUCCUUAACUUGCCGUUGAUCUCGACGUUUGUGCACUCGUCUAUCAACGCCGCUGCGGCGGAGUACGUCGCUCCCAAGAGUAUGACGCUUGACUUGGCAAAGAUUUUGGUCGGUGAGGAUGUUAAGAAGGAUACUGCGGCUAUGGGAGUCAUCUUCAUCAAGAUCCAUGCGUGUGAGAACCUCGAGGGAGCGGAUAGUGGAGGCAAGUCAGAUCCGUAUAUCACGGUCGCAUUGUCGAAGUACGCUAAGCCGUUGUUCUCGACGAGAGUCAUUGAGGCCGAUGUUAACCCUCGCUUCGAGGAGUGGACUACGCUCUUGGUGACGCCGGAGGAGGUCAAGGCCGGCGAAGCCGUCGCGUUGCAGUUGUGGGACAGUGACCGGAUGAGUGCGGAUGACAUGCUCGGCCGUUGCGAAGUAGAUGUACAAGAACUUAUGCGGCACCCCGGAAAAUACGAGAAACGCGUCGACACUCUCGAAGGCUUCGACAAAGGUUCCAAGAUGCGAGGGAAAAUCCACUGGAGCGUUGGGUACUUCAAGAAAUCCAAGUUCAGCGAUGAGCAGCGCACUGAUGGGGAGGAUCAACGUCUUCCACCUGAGUUGAGGAGUCUGCCGGAGUUUAAGGCGCAGAGGGGGAUCGCGGACUCGAACGUAGAGGCAGAUGCGUUGGUUUGUGUUCCCGACCCGAGCCAGCCGAGUGGUAUUUUGAGUAUUCAGAUUCACCAGAUUGUUGGACUGGAGGUGCAGAAUAUCACUGGGUCGUAUGGGAAGAAGAACCCUUUCCAAGCUGGGCAGAAAGCUGGAGAGUUGAGUGGUCAGCAGGCGGAGGAUACCAAGCAAGCCCCGUCCGCGUAUUGUAACAUCAUCCUGAACGAUGACAAGGUUUAUCAGACCCGCUCGAAGCCAUUCACGACUGAUCCUAUUUUCAAUGCGGGGACGGAGAGGUUUAUUGGAGAUUGGAGGGAGACUGUGAUUAUGGUCGAGUGUUAUGACAGUCGUGUUCGUGAGCAUGAUGCGUUGCUUGGUGUCGUUGUGCUCAAGUUGUCGGAUAUAUUUGCUACUUCGUCGCAGGUUACAAAGUACUACCCCUUGGCUGGUGGACUCGGCUUCGGACGUGUGAGGAUUUCUACUCUCUUCAGAUCUGUCGAAGCCAAGUUGGAUAAGAACUUGCUUGGGUGGAAUGUGGGAACGUUGCAGAUCACUUCUGAUUCUAUUCGCACGACGUUUGAGAAUGGUGCGGAUGCGGGUGGAUACAGGUCUAUGAAGCUCGCUCUGCAGACUGGGGAGUCAUCGAGCAAGUUAUCGAGCCGGCAUGCGGAGACAAAGGAUGGUGCGAUUGAGUGGAAGUUUAGUGACGAGAACGCGAAGCAUCUUCCCAUCCGGAGGAGGUAUGGAUCUGCGCUGCUUAUCGAGCUCCGGAGUCGUGGCUUGUCGUUGAGGACCCACGCAACUGCUGUUGGUGUCCUUUGGCUCCACAAGAUCAUGGACAACGUUGAUGAGAGUCAUCGUGUUGCGUUGUUUGAGGGUGAUGAUCUGGAGACGAUCAAGCAGAGCGUGGUGGAGAGCCAUGAGGAUAUCGAGAUGCGGAAGCUCGACGUCAAGCAGAUUGGAUGGGUGGAGUUCGACGCCGUUUUUAAAGCUGGAAUGGACCGAUUCCACGAGCGCUUUGGCGAGGCUGACCAUGAUGUUAGGCAGAGUUGGGACGGCUGGGAGUGUGCUGUGUCCAUCGGCGAGCGUAACAGGACCGGUGAUUUCCCGAUCAUGACGGAGGACGAAGCAGGUCAUUCGAGUGAGGAUGACGAGGACGAGACUGCUGUUGAGAAGAACGCUCGUCAGCAACCUGCGGCUGCGGCUGCUCUUGGUAAACAGGGACAGCGCCAUAGCCAGGAGCCUAAUGGGGGUCCGUCGCACCCUCGGAAGACCGUGGGACCGCGAGGUUACCAUGUUCAAAGGCAGUUUGAUGAGCGACUCCUCCUGAACAGCGAAAUCAUCGGUAACAAGAACACUGCUUUUGCCGGCAUGGUCAACCGCGGCGGCAGCUCUGGUGCCGACGAUUUCAACCAGGAUUCUCACGGAGCCCAGGUCAUGCCCCAGAACGCCUCCAAGAAGAAGAAGCACAUCCAGACAAUUGGUUCCGAUAUCCCCGAGAGCCACAUCAUCGGCGACGACGCCCAUCAUAACGUCGAGCAAAAACAGCAGAAACUCCGUCAUGGUCGGAACCAAAGUGAGGACUGGCAGGAUAGUGAGGACUCGGAAGAGGACGGCGAUAGAGACGAACCUCAUGGCUUGCGGGAACGGUACCACGCGUGGAGAGAAGACCAGAAAGAGCUUCACCGUCAUCAGCGUGGAAUUAUGCAGUUCAAGCCUGCGAGGACUGCGGCGUGGGCGAAGGAUGGGGCGAAUACGCUUGUGGGGAAGACGAAGCGGAGGUUCUCGAUGAAGGCACGCAAGCCUGAUGUCGAGACUGAGAUCUGAAUUGAUCGUGGGGGUUCGUUUUGUAGUAGCACACUUGUACAUAAGGUAUGCUUAUGGGUUGUACGAUUAGCUAUAGGGAUGAUAAGUCACGAGCGUUGCCGUAGUGGAAUGUUCUAAUGAAUUGAAAAGCGCUUGAUACCCACUACCUACACG